AUGAGUUCGGGUCCCACUGCCAAUCGCCCAUUGACGAAAACAUUUUGUGAAAAAUGUCGACGACAAUUUCAACCACGUGAAGCAAUGCAAAUAUAUCAAGAAAAAUAUUAUCAUCCACAAUGUUUUGCAUGUUCAGAAUGUGGAAAUACUUUGGCUGGAAAACCAUUUUUUCCUAAACCAAAUAAUCUAUUUCAGUGUGAACAAUGUAACAAUGCACUGGCACCCGUUUGUUGUAUGUGUCAACAGAAAAUCCCAUCUGGCGUUACAGCAAAACGAUAUCAAAAUAGACAUUAUCAUAGCGAUUGUUUUAGAUGUACAAAAUGUAAUGCCGUUAUACCCGAUGGUCAUAAUUUUGUCGAUAUGUUAGAUGGUCGAUUUCAAUGCUUGACGUGUAGUAAACACAUAACAGGAAUUUAUCAAGGUAAAGAACAUGCACCACACAUUGAAAAUAUCCUUGGUGAGGUAACAAGCAUACAAGCUGAUCAAGCUGGACGAAUACCCAUCUGCGAUAAAUGUACUAGACCAGUCACUGCCCAAGAAGAAGCGUUUAGACAUGAUACAAGAUAUUAUCAUUUGGAAUGUGCACGAUGCAAUAGUUUUAAUUCUCUUUAUAUAUCGCUUAAAGAAAUGUCAGCACUUAUGAAGUGGACUACUAAAUUGGUGAUUGUUGGUGGCGCAACAUUUUUGGUUGUUAAUAACAAUGUGUUUAGUACAAAUAAAUAUGCAAGACAAGUUAUUGAUAAGAUGAGAAAUUUACUACCGGAAACAGCUGAAGUUAUUGAUAAGAUACCAUCGACAAGUGAAAUAAAUAAUACUGCUGUUAAUACAUGGAAUUCUGGUGUUCAAACAGCAUUCUAUUGGUUAUCCAAUGCACCUUCGACAACCAAAAAUACGCUUAUUACAGUAUACAAUAAAGUCAGAGAUUAA